GGUAAAAGAGGGCGACCCCUCCUAAAUGGUACAACCCCGAGCGCGUGAAAUUGAAACAUCGAUCCAUCCCUUUUACUACAGUGGGCACCAAAGGUACAAGAAAAGAGAAACAUGUGAGGAGAAAGAAAAGAUUACGCGAAAAAAACGGCACUGGAUGACGGUAAUAUAUAUCAGCUCUAUUCAGAACAGGCUGUCAUCUUCUUUCGCCAACCAAGAUGAUCAAUGAUUCAUUCAACAGCUGUAGCAGUUUAAUAGAUGACUUCCGUAACCAGGUCUAUUCAACUAUCUACUCACUGAUAUCUGUGUUUGGAUUGGUUGGAAAUGGGUUUGCCCUUUACGUGCUCAUCAGAACCUAUCAUCAAAGGACCACCUUUCACAUCUACAUGCUGAACUUGGCCAUAGCAGACCUGCUGUGCGUCUCCACUCUGCCCCUGCGGGUUGUGUACUAUGUCAGUAAGGGGCAGUGGUACUUUGGGGAUUUCCUCUGUCGUGUCAGUUCCUAUGCUUUCUAUGUCAAUUUAUACUGUAGCAUCUUUUUUAUGACAGCCAUGAGCUGCACGCGAUUUAUUGCAAUUGUGUUUCCAGUCAGAAACCUCCAACUAGUAACAGAGAAGAAAGCCAAAAUUGUUUGUGUGAUCAUUUGGGUGUUCAUUUGUCUCAUCAGCACCCCUUUUCUGAUGGGAGGCCAAUAUACUGAGGGCAACAAGACCAAAUGUUUUGAGCCUCCACCGCGCAAUAACGUUAUUAAGCUGCAAAUCCUUAAUUAUAUCUCAUUAGCUGUUGGGUUUACCAUUCCAUUUUUGAUCAUAAUCAUCUGUUACACAGGGAUUAUUUGGACCCUGAACACCACUUCAAAGAGCAUGAAACAAAACAAGAACACCAAGACCAAGGCCAUCCGGAUGAUUAUAAUAGUCAUGGCAGCAUUCCUCAUUUCUUUCAUGCCCUACCACAUCCAACGUACUGUGCAUCUAGCCUUCCUAAGGGAGCAAAACACGUCCUGUACGGACAUUAUAUACAUGCAGAAGUCAGUGGUUGUCACUUUAUGCCUGGCUGCCUCCAAUUGUUGCUUUGAUCCUUUGCUCUAUUUUUUCUCUGGUGAAAACUUUCGCAAAAGGCUUCAUACUUUUCACAGAAAGUCUGCCAGUCAUGUCUUUCAAAAUAUGAGGAAAAGCAACCAUUCUGCCCAAGACAUCCCAGUCCAUGAUGAAGCACAUGCAGCAAUGGAUGGCAAUAUGCUUGUUUCUAACGGCGCUGAACAUUAGAGAAUGAGCUCCACAGAAGAGGAUUGAGAAACAACAAUGAUUCCAAGUAUGCUUGUAAAAGAAAGAUUCCAUUUUGAAUAUGUUAUAUCUAUGUCACUAGUUGCUGUUAUGUGGUUCUGUUUUUGUUGUCCUGCUUCCAAAAAACUCAGGGAUUAUUUCUAGUGGGGGCAGGCUCUGGCUGUCUACAGAUGGAUUAAGCGGGUUAGAAAAAUGGAUGAGUGGUUCUGUUUUUAAUAAGAGACAAUUUUUAUUGUACUUUAUUUAUGACAUGUUUUAAUAUUUAUGGUGAAAUAUUCGUAGAGGAUUCAGAUACAAUAAAAUCAACCAGAAAACAGAACGGCUAAUAGGAAAAUAUUGAAAAGAAAUGAAAAUGGAAAUUUGAUAGCUAUGUUUAAUUGGAUUCAUUGUGAAUGUGAAUAGCAAAAUCUGAAGAAGACAUGGAGAUCAGAUAUAAGCUUUGAAGAAGUCCAAAUGUACAAUAUUGACACUGGGUAGUGUUGGCCUCACUUCUUCCAAAAAAGGUUAAUAUUGUGGAAAUAUAAUGUGGUGUUACAGAGACCUUAGUUCUUCUUUGUCUUUGAUUAAGUUUGUUUCGACUUGGAGAAGGCAAGUGGUGAAUAAAGGAGCCAGGAUGACCUCCACGUUCAAAUGCUUACUAUAAAUGGGCCGAACCAUAGACACUUCAAUACUUUUUGUGCAGCAAUGGCCCACCACACACUGCAGCAGCAGUUAGACAUAGUAAAUAAGCUAUUCACACUUCUAAAGACAGAAUGGUGGUAUAGAAACUGUUGAACUGAAUGUACAACGGAGUGUGAGCCUUAUAUAAGCAGAAAUAAUAUCAAAAAAUUAAUAUUCAGUUAAAAAUGUUAUCAGGGUGAUGUUUAGCAAUUGUUCUGCUUUUGUGCUGUUUAAGGAUCUUAAAAGUGUAACAAGUGCAAGUAGAUUAGGCAGAUGAAUAUUAAAAAGAGUUUUCUUAUGAGUAAAAAAAAGUAUUUGACCAACACUGGUGAGUGUUAGGGCAGGACACUUGCCCAGUGAGAUUAGCACUGCUCCUUCAUAGCUCCAAGGACCUGAUCUGAUUACUGUCUCCUUGGAGUUUGCACUUUCUGCCUGUUUUUGUGGGUUUUUCUCCAGGUAUUUUUUUUCUCCAUUUUCCCAAAGACAAGUAUGUGUGUGUUAAGUUAAAUGGUGAUAUUAAACUGGUCCAGAUUAAGUGACCAUGAGUAUGUGCUUGGGUUUGCCCUGCAGUGGGUUAGCUUUGAACCCUAAUGCUGAUAGAAAGUGCUUCAGAUUCUAGUGACCCUGAAUUUUAAUAAGUAGAUUUCUGAAAACUGAUAGAUUAAUAAUACUGAAGUAGGCUGGUACUGCGGCAUAGUGGGUACUGCUACUGCCCCACAGCCCCAAGAGGCUGGGUGCUUGAUGACUGUUUGUGCAACGUUUACAUAUUCUCUCCAUCUGCACGUAGGAUUUCUCUGGGGUCUCCAUUUUCCUCCCAAUUCCUAAAUACACUAUGGGGCCAGCAGUUUGUGGACACCUGCCUGUCAUGCCAUUAUGAGCUAGUUGGAAAAUGCAUUCCAAAAUCAAGGGCAUCAAAGUGAAGUUUCCCCCUCCCUUUAUGGCAAUAACAGUCUCCACUUUUCUAGGAAGGCUUUCCACAAGGCACUGGAGAGGUGUUUGUGUGAUCUUGCGCCUAUUCAGGAAAAAAACAUUUGUGAGUUCAGGUACUUACUUUGGAUGAGAAGACCUGGCUUGAAAUAUUGAUAAUUGAUAUUCCAGUUCAUUCCAAAUGUGCUCAGUAUGGUUGAGGACAGGGUUCUGUGCAGCCCACUUGUUUCUCCAAACCAAACUCAUCAAACCAUGUCUUGUAUAACAGGGGUACAGCCACACUGGAAGAGAAGAAGGUCUUUCCCAAUAAUGUUGAAAGCACUCCAUUGUC